CCGGCCAGGAAACGCCGUGGCGCCGCGUUGGGCCUAACUCGAGUCUUGCCGCCUCCCAGGAGUGCCGUGCGCCGCAGCCUGGGCCCAGGCCCCGGCCGCGCGUGGGAUAAGGUCUUCAGAGCUACUGGCAGAUAAUUUGGGGGGCUUCAUAUUGAGUGGUCUUUAUAAAGCAGGAUUCCUCAUGUCCAUAACAUGUUGGCUGAGGCUCUGCAGCUCACCCCCACUCUCAGAGUGGUCAGUCUCCAUUAGUUGGACCCCGUGAUUUCCACUCUGCUGUGUUGGACGUCAUGAGCAUUGCAGUCCCUCUGGAAGUCACCACACCAGAUACAUCUUACUCAGAUAUGGCUGCUGGAUCAGAAAAGGAAGUGGAAGCCCCCUACCUUUCAAGACGAAGUGGCACUACACCAGGAUGUGAAAGUCCAGCGAAAGAGACCCAAGGGGCCUAGGGGGCAGCACACCCCCAGAAGCCAAGUCUAUUCCAGGCAGUACCAGGGAUUAGGGUCUGGGCUGGAGAAAUCCUGGUGUUUUGAAUAUGUUCAGGUCCAGUUCAGACUCUUGAUCCCACAGCCACUUCUUGAGUGAGGUGGGUGUUGCUCUAAUUCCCCCGUUUCUCUUGCCAUUUUCACAGUCCCUCGGAAUUCUUUCCCCUUCAGCUAAGCAAAGCAACUGUACUAGAAUUCUGUGUUGGACGGUAUCCCUCAUUAAUAGUGGUUUUCUUCCUUAAAACUUAGGAUAUUAUUAAAGAGCAUGUAUAUUUCUUCAUAAAUCCACCUAUUGCUAACUUGUCUGCUUACUGAAUUUCUUAAGUAAGAAAGAAGACUUAAAAUAAAGCUACCCUAAGAUUUAGUAUAUAAUCUGAGGUAAUCUGGAAUUGAAAGCAGUUUUCAAGCUUAUCCCUAUAUAAAAAGGAAGGGGGGUGGGGGCAGGGUGGUUUGUGUUUCUUUUAGGGUUUUUUAUUCUGUUUCUUUUAUUUUUUUUUUGCAUGCGAAAGCGAUUUAGUUAUGCCAUUAAGACUUCCAGUUUUAAUCUGUUUCCCCAAAGUAAUACUUAAAAUACUUCCUGUACUAGUAGAAAGUUGUAUAAUAUUUAUAGAUUUUUAUAAAAGUCAGCUAUUAAGGUGCUACGAUAUAGUAACGGUUUGUGUAGUUGGAUAGCAUUUAAGAAAAAUCUGAGCAAAGAAUUUAAACUGGUAAGUUUAGAGUUAGUAGAUACAAAAAAGACCCAAAACAGUUUUUACUGUAGCCGAUAUUUUCCUCAUAGUAGAGCAAUAACUGCCCAUAAAUGUUGCUGGGGAGUUCAGAAGUGAUUUCAGAAAUUAAAGUAUGCUGGUCUACAAAUUUGAGCAUGGUGUCAUAUUCUGGGAUUUCCUGAACAUUUUCAUUCAUAACCUCUACACAGAUUUCUGAUACCAUGGUCACAACUAAUUUCACCGUUACUCAUUUAAUAGUUCUACAAAGGUAGAGAAUAUCAAUAACGAACUCAUGUACUGUUCUCUUAAAUUAUUAACAGUAUUUGUCUAUGUUUCAUCAUGCCUAUCCCACUAUUACAGCUACUCUAAGAUUAAACUAGGUAUUAAGGGCACCAUACUCAACCAAAUAAAAGACCUAGACCUCACCUCAGGAAAUUGAAAUCUGAUGACUGCAAUAUGCAUUUUUUUCUGUACUUAUAGGAAAACAUAAAUAUAACAAAAGAAAUGGAAAUUUUUAUGAAUUUCCAUUGCUUCCCGUUAUUCCAGUCACGUUCCAACAGUUUAACAGUAUAGUAGCAGUUGUGAUACUUUGAACAUAAUUGAUAAAGUAUAUCUGUUAUGAGCCUGUUUUCCGUGUAUAUGCCCAGCUGUCAUAGAAAUUUGAUCAUAGAAGAAAAGCUAUAAUUAUGUUGUUUAAAUUGGCUAAUAAAGAGAUGCAAUCCUAAUACUCCAAAAUUUUAAUCCAUAUUUCAAAAUAUACCUAAAAACUGAAACGUAUGUCAAGGAACAGUCUAGGAAAUCCUGUAGUUACCCAUCAAUACCUAACUAUAUAUUUAAGCAGUAACCAAUUAUGAAAAUUGCAAUUUCCUCAUCAAAAGAAUGAAUGAAUAAAUAAAUAAAUAAGUUGCAUAGCAGUUUAUUUAAAAUGCUGUGCUUGACUAGAAAGUGUUGUGCAGUAGCAUGGCCUGUUAACCUCCACAAUAUACAUUUUAUUUUUAUUCCCCAGACUUGCACAUGAAGUGCAUAUGUUCAUAUUUACCCAGUUUGGAGAUGGGUAAGAUAUAACCAACAUAACUCCAUCUCCAUGGCCACUUAUUUCAUCCAACUUUCCUUUUUGCCGCCCCUCCAAAAAAAUCCAUUUCUAAUAAACAGCCAUCGUGUUUCACUCCAUAUGUUUAAAGGCACAAGAUCUCCUAUAUAAAAUAAGUACAGCUCUUUGGAAUAUUUGUUUAUCUAGUAGUGUACCUAGUAGAUUAACUAUAAAUUCAUUACUUUCUUUUAACUGCCCAUCAUAGAAACUAAACUCUAUCUUCAUUUUAUUAAUCCUUGUCUGCCUUUGAUUUCAUUUAGGAAACCCCACCCGUUUCCUAAUAUUCAAAGCUGAUUGCCUCCCAGUGUGCCAUGUUCGAAUCAUCUUUUUCUCAAGAAUACUGACCUGCAUUCUUGAUGUAACCCCCUCCCAGUUCCCAUCUUGCAGACAGUGCAUGCACAUCACUAACAGAAUACUCUCUUAUGUCUGAAGUUCUUCACCCAGAAAUUACCUUUGCUGCUAUUAAUAAGAUCCUUUCUCACAGUUUUGGAACAUAAAACUGGGGUAUCCUGUCUUGGUAGUGAAUGGAAGAGGGCCUGGUCCCUGGGGCAGUGCAGAAGGCACUUUCAUCAUCUCACUCACUGCAAAUGUCAUGUGAGGUUUCAUGGAAGUAUUAAGAGAUCCAAUUAAGAAGAAUAGUUCUGAGUCUAAACCAGCCCAGAGUGGCUUCUCUAGGGGAAACUCCCCGCUCAGCUGCCCUGAAUCUGUGGAGGCUAGUCCAGCAGUUAAUGAGAAGAGCGUGUAUUCCACUCAUAAUUAUGGGACCACUCAGAGGCAUGGGUGUCGAGGACUGCCUUAUGCUGAUCAUAAUUACGGAGCCCCUCCUCCUCCGACACCUCCUGCUUCUCCCCCUGUCCAGACGAUCAUCCCUCGUUCUGACCUGAAUGGCCUGCCGUCGCCCGUAGAGGAACGCUGUGGAGACAGCCCGAACUCUGAAGGAGAGACUGUUCCUACCUGGUGUCCUUGUGGUCUUUCUCAGGAUGGCUUCCUUCUCAACUGUGACAAGUGCAGGGGAAUGAGCAGGGGGAAGGUUAUUAGACUUCAUCGGCGGAAGCAGGACAACAUAUCAGGUGGGGAUAGCAGUGCAACAGAAAGCUGGGAUGAGGAGCUUUCUCCUUCCACUGUGUUGUAUACAGCAACACAGCACACACCUACAAGCAUCACCUUAACUGUUAGAAGAACCAAACCCAAAAAGCGAAAAAAGAGUCCAGAAAAGGGUCGUGCAGCACCAAAGACGAAGAAGAUCAAGGCAUUUCGAGAGGGAUCCCGGAAGUCCUUGCGGAUGAAGAAUUCUCCAUCUGAAGCACAGAAUUUAGAUGAGAAUACAACUGAGGGCUGGGAAAAUCGGAUAAGACUAUGGACUGAUCAGUAUGAAGAAGCAUUCACUAAUCAGUACAGUGCAGAUGUUCAAAAUGCCCUUGAACAACAUCUACAUUCUAGCAAAGAAUUUGUGGGAAAGCCUGCUAUUUUAGACACUAUUAAUAAGACUGAAUUGGCCUGUAAUAAUACCGUUAUUGGUUCACAAAUGCAGUUACAGCUGGGAAGAGUCACUCGAGUUCAAAAGCACCGAAAAAUUUUGAGGGCUGCAAGAGAUCUGGCUUUGGACACUCUUAUCAUAGAGUAUCGUGGGAAAGUCAUGUUGCGACAGCAAUUUGAGGUCAAUGGACAUUUCUUCAAAAAACCAUAUCCCUUUGUGCUCUUCUACUCAAAAUUCAAUGGUGUAGAGAUGUGUGUGGAUGCCCGUACUUUCGGUAAUGAUGCUCGGUUCAUCAGAAGAUCAUGUACACCAAAUGCAGAGGUGCGACACAUGAUUGCAGAUGGGAUGAUUCACCUAUGUAUUUAUGCUGUGUCUGCCAUCACCAAGGAUGCUGAAGUCACUAUUGCAUUUGAUUAUGAGUACAGUAACUGUAAUUAUAAAGUGGAUUGUGCAUGUCACAAGGGAAACCGGAAUUGCCCUAUACAGAAAAGAAAUCCCAAUGCUACAGAACUUCCACUCCCACCUCCUCCAAACCUACCCACCAUUGGGGCAGAGACUAGACGUAGAAAAGCACGGCGGAAAGAACUAGAGAUGGAGCAGCAGAACGAGGCUACAGAAGAGAAUAAUGACCAGCAACCACAGGAAGUUCCAGAAAAAGUAAAUGCAUCCAGUGAUCAUCAGGAGGUAGACAAUCCAGACGAAAAACCAGAAGAAGAGAAAGAAGAGGUUACAGAGGACCUGGAGAACCCAGCUCAUAGCAGGAGGACCCGGGAAGACAAGAAGGUUGAGGCCAUCAUUCAUGCUUUUGAAAACUUGGAGAAAAGAAAGAAACGGCGGGAUCAGCCCUUAGAGCAGAGCACCCCAGACAUAGAAAUUACUACUACCACUUCAGAAACUCCUGUUGGAGAAGAAACAAAAACUGAAUCCCCUGAGUCUGAAGUUAGCAACACUGCUUCAAACAUUUCCAUCCCAAGUACCCCACAGAAUAUUGGUGUAAAUACUCGGAGGUCUUCCCAAGCAGGGGAUGUGGCUGUAGAAAAACCACUCCCCAAAGCACCUCCAGCAAAGCCUUCUAGGCCCCGACCGAAGAGUCGAAUUUCUCGGUACCGGACCAGUUCAGCCCAAAGACUAAAGCGUCAGAAGCAGGCCAAUGCACAGCAGGCAGAGUUGUCACAAGCUGCCUUGGAAGAGGGAGGAAAUAACAACUCAGCCGCUCCUACUGAAGCUGGAAUUUUAGACAGUUCAGGAGAAAACAGACAGUUAACAGGAUCUGACCUAACUCUGUUAUCAGUUCCUGGAUCCCAUGUCAAUCGUGCUGCAUCAAAGUACCCCAAAACCAAAAAGUAUCUAGUUACAGAAUGGUUGAAUGACAAAGCUGAGAAGCAAGAGUGCCCUGUUGAGUGCCCUUUACGUAUCACCACAGACCCAACUGUACUGGCAACAACCCUGAACAUGUUACCGGGUCUUAUUCAUUCCCCGUUAAUUUGCACCACCCCCAAACACUACAUUCGCUUUGGCUCACCCUUUAUGCCUGAGAGGCGUCGAAGGCCCCUUCUGUCUGAUGGCACAUUCAGCUCCUGUAAAAAGCGCUGGAUAAAGCAAGCAUUGGAAGAAGGGAUGACUCAAACAUCAUCUGUACCCCAAGAGACCAGAACUCAGCACCUAUACCAAAGUAAUGAGAAUAGUAAUUCCUCUAGUAUCUGCAAAGACAAUGCAGACUUGUUGAGCCCAUUAAAGAAAUGGAAGUCUCGCUAUCUGAUGGAGCAGAAUGUCACCAAGUUACUUCAGCCUCUGUCUCCAGUUACACCACCCCCUCCUGGUUCAGGCUCAAAGAGCCCCCAGCUGACCACACCUGGCCACACUCACCCAGAAGAGGAAUGUCGAAAUGGAUACAGUCUCAUGUUCUCCCCAAUCGCAUCUCUCACCACUGCUAGUCGCUGCAACACUCCUCUGCAGUUUGAGAACAUAUCCUCCCCUGAGAGUUCCCCUGCGCAUAGGCCCGAGUCCCUGUCACCCGAGCUUUGUCACCGAAAAGACCUGGAUUUGACAAAAGUAGGAUACCUUGACUCCAACACUAACAGCUGUACUGACAAACCUUCCCUGCUCAACUCAGGUCCUUCUGACCUGGCUCCUCAUCCCUCCAUUGGGCCUGCCUCAGAGACUGGAUUCCCAAACAGGAGUGGAGAUGGACAUCAGACCCUCAUGAGAAACUCAGACCAGGCAUUUCGGACAGAGUUCAACUUGAUGUAUGCCUACUCCCCUUUGAACGCAAUGCCUCGUGCAGAUGGAUUAUAUAGGGGGUCUCCCCUAGUGGGGGAUAGGAAACCUUUACAUUUGGAUGGAGGAUAUUGUUCCCCUGCCGAAGGGUUUCCCAGCAGAUAUGAACAUGGCUUUAUGAAAGACCUCGCUCGUGGAUCCAUGUCACCUGGUGGCGAAAGGGCCUGUGAAGGAGUUCCAUCUGCCCCACAGAACCCACCACAGAGGAAAAAGGUGUCCCUGCUGGAGUACCGUAAACGGAAACAAGAAGCCAAGGAGAAUUCUGCUGGUGGGGGAGGUGACUCAGCGCAGAACAAAAGCAAGUCUGCAGGAGCUGGGCAAGGCAGCAGUAACUCUGUUUCUGACACUGGCGCCCAUGGCAUGCAGGGAUCCUCAGCCCGAACCCCAUCAUCCCCUCACAGAAAAUUCUCCCCAUCUCAUUCCUCUGUGUCCCACUUGGAGGCAGUAAGCCCAUCAGAUUCCAGAGGCACUUCUUCAUCUCACUGCAGACCUCAAGAGAAUAUCAGCAGCAGGUGGAUGGUUCCCACAUCAGUGGAACGACUCCGAGAAGGAGGGAGCAUUCCUAAAGUCCUCCGGAGCAGUGUGAGAGUCGCCCAAAAGGGGGAGCCCUCUCCCACAUGGGAGAGUAACAGCACAGAGAAAGACUCAGAUCCUGCAGAUGGAGAAUGCCCAGACACAUUGAGUUCAGCGCUCUCUAAAGGAGCAACCGUUUACAGCCCUUCCAGAUACAGCUACCAGCUCCUGCAGUGUGACAGUCCACGGACAGAAUCACAAAUCCUCCUUCAGCAGAGUUCCUCCCCUUUUAGAGGACAUCCCACUCAGUCUCCAGGAUACAGUUAUCGAACUACUGCACUGAGACCUGGAAAUCCCCCCUCUCACAGUUCUUCAGAAUCAUCCCUCUCUUCAGCAUCCUUUCCCAGCCCCGCCCACCCUGCGUCCACAGACUCAUUGGCCCCAUUUACGGGGACACCAGGGUAUUAUAGCAGCCAGCCACAUUCUGGAAACAGCACUGGCAGCAGUCUUCCGAGGAAGAGCUGUCAUUCUAGUGCUGCUAGCCCUACCCUGCAGGGCCCCUCAGACUCGCCAACCUCAGACUCAGUUUCUCAGUCCAGCACAGGAACUUUGAGUUCCACCUCCUUUCCUCAGAACUCUAGGUCGUCAUUGCCAUCAGACUUACGGACUAUCAGUCUGCCCAGUGCUGGGCAGUCAGCUGCCUACCAGGCCUCCAGGGUAUCUGCGGUUUCCAAUUCACAGCACUACCCACACCGCGGGAGUGGGAGUGUGCACCAGUACCGACUCCAGCCACUGCAAGGGUCGGGAGUCAAGACUCAGACAGGACUUUCCUAGGGCUUCUGGAUAUGGGCAAACUGAACUGAAUGAGCCCAUAGCUGCUUCCUUCCAGCUGCCUCUGGAACCUCGGCCGAGCAUAUUGCUGGGGAAGGGGGGAUACAAGGCGCCAGAGGAUUGGGUCUGGUCAACAAGAAACAAGACUUGUGGUCGUGACUGGCCUCUGGCCUUGGAGAAAGAUGUAAAUCUUGUCUGAAGCAAAGACUAUAAAGUUUCUCCCUGCUGUUAAGGGUACAUUGUUGACAAGCAAAUGGUGUUUCAGUUAGUAACAGUUCUAAGUGCAAUGAGUUGUGUUGAAGCCUCUGUCUCCCAUCCUUGCCUGUAGCCAGUAGUCACUUGUGCAGUGAGGACAUCUUUUUAAAUUUAAAAAAAAAAAAAAGUUUUUAUUUCAAAAGAAAAAAGUGAGAAGAGCCAAUC